GCUGAGCUUAAUUAGAAUCAAAUAUAUGAUCCAUUUCAGCACAUCGGACAUGAUUUGCUAACUCUGUGCGGAUAAAAUGGUUUAAAUUUAGGCUCAGCUGGGAAAUACAAACAAUACAUUAUCCCACAUAAUGUCCUGUCAGCUCCUCCCCACCAAGUGUUAGGAGUCUCUCUCGGUCCCGUGAACUCGGUCGUCCACCUAUCGGAGGCUCUGAGUGGCUCGGAUCUCCCCAGCCGCCGCGCGCACUGGCUGCUCCGCGCGUCAUUCGUGCUUUUUGGCCGGCGUGUGGGAGGAGCUGGGUAGAAGCGGUGAAGGGAGGGGUUCGCGGGCGAGAGGCGGCGCGACUGUCAGUUGUGUUCCGCGUCCUCGUCAAAAGUGGGCUGUUGUUGGUCUGAGUGCAUCCAGCACAGCCGGAGCGGCUGUUUCAGUGAGAGCGACGCGCUGCGAGGAGGCUCAGGUUUGUUCCUCUCCGCACUUUGACGUCCUCGCGCUGUGGGAGGAAGGCAGGGGAGCUGCGCAGCCACGCAGGCUCUACUCUUAAGUGUCCUCCAACAUUUUCUCUCCAGCAGCAGAAAAAAAGAAAGGAAGAAAGGAAAGGCGCUCCCCGAAGCUUUACGCGCGCUCCCAUGUAGUCCCGCUGUUCGAGCAGCAGAGGAGGCGGACGGGAGACGGAGAGGACUUGUUGCGCGUCUUCGGGGGACGCAUCAGUUCAGCUUCAUCCAAGUGUGUCUGCGCGCGCAUGUGAUGCUCUGAUUGGAGCGGGCAUGGACUGUGGAGAUCAGCUCGGACUAACAGCCUGAAGUCAGCGCGGAUUUGUGCUCAGCGACUGAGAGAGUCUGCUCACAAUCAAGGAAACCGGGGUGCUUAGUUUCCUCCAGGCGGACAGAGCUGCUGCUGCUGUCGGUGCUCGGCUGAAGACAGGACUCGUUUCAUCUUUAAAUGGCAUCCAGGCUCAGCAGAGGCAAACUUUAUUCGGGUCAGAUCCGACGAGUUGAUUAAUUUUUCCUCUCAAAUUACUUUUAAAUCAACUCCUCCGUAUCCUCGUCGACAUGUCUGAGCGUGAUGGAUGUGGAGAUGGGCUGUGCAGCGACGAAGCGCCCGACUAUAUUCCACAGAGAGCGCCCCGCGGUCGGCGCAGCGGUGUCAUCCUCCCCGGCGGCGGCGGCGGCCAGGACACUGAUACCAUCCUGCUGGAGUCGGUGAAGGCGGCACCUCGCCGGAGCAGCAUCAUUAAGGACCCCUCAGUGCAAAAGGUGGGCGGAGGCAGGAAGAAGACGGUGUCCUUCAGUAGUAUGCCCUCUGAAAAGAAGGUCAGCAGUGCAGCCGACUGUUUGGCGUUCAUGCAGGGAGGGUGUGAACUGAAGAAGAUCCGGCCCAAUUCUAGGGUUUACUGUCGUUUUUACACACUGGAUCCAGACUUGAGCUGCUUACGCUGGGAGCCAUCCAAGAAAGAUGGAGACCGGGCUCGGCUUGACGUUUCCAGCAUUCGUGAGGUCCGCACUGGGAAGAGCACCGAGACCUUCCUCCACAAUGGCCCUCUCUCCGAACAUCUGGCUGAAGAAGCAGCCUUCUCUAUCAUACAUGGAGAUGACUACCAGUCUCUAGACUUGGUGGCAUUGUCAGCUGAUGUGGCCAACAUCUGGGUAACAGGUCUUCGUUACCUGCUGGCUCAUCCUUCCAUCGUAGGAGGGGCUGGGGGAGGUGUAGCAGGAGGAGGACCAGGUGAAGGAGGGGGGGUGGCUGUUGAAGGAAGCCUGGGAAGCAAGAUGAGGAGCGAGUGGCUGACAGCAGAGUUUGCCCAGGUCGAUGAAGAUGGUUACGGGAUCGUGUCAGAGGACGUAGCAGUCGCCAACAUCUGUAAACUGUGCCCUGGUAUCAAGGAGGCCAAGGUGCGUCUCCGUUUCAAGGAGAUCCAGCGCAGCAAGGAAAAGCUGACCUCCCACGUGACAUGUGAGGAAUUUGAGGAAGCCUUCUGCGAGCUUUGCACACGGCCAGAUGUCUACUUCCUAAUGGUGCAAUUGUCCAAAGACCGGGAGUGUCUGGACCCUCAGGACCUCCGACUCUUCUUGGAGACAGAGCAGGGUUUGUCUCUGGCUACCACUGAGGGCUGCUGGGAACUACUGAGGCGUUAUGAGCCCUCUGCCCAAGGCAAGGAGAGAGGGCUGCUGGGUCUGGAUGGAUUUGCCCGCUACCUGCAGUCUCCAGAAUGCCAGCUGCUUGACCCAGAACAACUAGGGGUUUGCCAGGAUAUGAACAUGCCUCUGUCCCACUACUACAUCAGCACCUCAUACCGCUCCUACCUGUUGGAUGACCAGGUCCAUGGAAGAGCAGAUCUUGGAGGACUGAUCAAGGCCUUGCAGUCUGGCUGCAGAUGCCUGGAGUUGGGAGUAACUGAUGGCCCAGAGGGGGAGCCUUUGCUCGGGGUCGACUGUGGGCCUGAUAUCCCACGACACCAUCAUCAUCACCACCAUCACCACCACCAUGCACCAGUCACUAUCCGCUCUGCUCUGGAGGUGGUCAAUAAAUACGCCUUCCUGACCUCUCAGUACCCUCUUUUGUUGUACCUGUGUCACCGUUGCUCCCCAGACCAGCAGCACACCAUGGCACAGCACUUGAGGAAGGUGUUCGGAUCACGUCUUUACACUCCAGAAGCCCUGCCGGUCAGCCUGGGAGGACGAGCUACAACCUUACCCUCGCCUGAACAACUUAAGGGACGCAUUGUUAUAGUGGGGAAGAAACUCCCUCCAGACCAUGAAGGCUGUGAUGGGGAAGUGUCUGAGGAAGAUGAGGAGAUAGGCGGAGGUGGACCUCUGGCAGGAAGAAGAAUGACAAUACCUGGUGAGGAGGAACUGGGUGUGGUCUUGGUGGUGCCUCCACCCUCUCAACCUAGGAAGCUCCGUCUCCACAAAGAGCUGUCAGACCUGGUGGCUAUUGCUCGAACUGGAAGUCGUAGCUUCUAUGCCCAGCGAGCCAGUCACAAGCAGGCUCAGCAGCAGACUCCCCCCAGUAGUCCAUCCUCUCCCAGCACACCGAUGGCUCCCGAGCUGCCUUACUGGACACUGUGCUCUUUAGGCGAAGGAGAAGCUGGACGGCUGACCAGUGAAAGCCCAGAGGACCUUGUUAUGUUUACCAAGCGCACCCUAACCAGAGUACGACCCAGCUCCGUGCGUCUGGACUCCAGCAACCCUAACCCACAAGGGUACUGGAAAGGAGGAGUCCAACUUGUGGCCUUGAAUCAACAGACCCCUGGCGCAAUGUUGGACCUUCACCGAGGCCGCUUCACACAGAACGGAGGCUGUGGUUAUGUUCUCCGACCUGCCGUGAUGCGGGAUGAAGUGUCGUAUUUCAGUGCCCACACGCAGGGCUGCGUGCCAGGUGUCCCACCUCAGACCCUUCGUAUUAAGAUUAUCAGUGCCCAUAACCUACCCAAGCCCCAGGGUUCAGGGGCUAAAGGAGAGGUUAUUGACCCAUAUGUGGUUCUGGAGCUGCAUGGAGUACCAGCUGACUGUGCUGAGCAGCGGACUCGCACUGCUGCUCAGAACCAGGAUGACCCACUGUUUGAUGAGACGUUCGAGUUUCAAGUAAAUAUGCCCGAGCUGGCCUUGCUGCGUUUUGUGGUAUUAGAUGAUGACUACAUCGGAGAUGAUUUCAUCGGCCAGUACAGCGUGGCCUUCGAGUGCCUUCAGCCUGGCUACCGUAAUGUGCCCCUGCUGGGCCUGGCUGGAGACCCCUUACCUCACACCAGCCUGUUUGUCCACGUGGCAAUCACCAACCGACGAGGAGGCGGGAAGGCCCAGCGGCGAGGUCUUUCGGUGCGGAGGGUGGGGAGACGGGGGAGAGAGUACGUCACACUGAGGCACACUGGUAUCAAGGUAGUGGAUGAGACUUUUAAGUCAGCCGGUGGCCCUCUCAAAGAAGCGACGGACCUGCGGGAGGAUGCUCAGAGCACCACAGCCAGUUUCAAAGAGCAGUGUGGGCUCCCCACUGUGGCCAAACUGAAGCAGUGCAUCCAGACCUUGGGCACGAGGCUACAGAGUCCUGAGGGCACUAUGGGGGCCACCAUGGUUCUGAAGGAUGGCUAUCCAUGUCUGGAGCCCCUGGUCGGCCUCUCGGAACCAACUCGCAAACUGCUCGCUGCUUAUGAAACGAUGAUUGCUGCCCAGAAACAGCUGAUCGAGAAUGCAGAUGCAGUACAGGAGAGGAUCGCUCAGGUGCAGAGGGAAGGAAUGGUGUUCCAUGAGGAUUUCUCUCGGCUUGGAGAGAAGGAAGGACUAAAGGGUCGCAAGCUUAACAAAGCCGUGGAAAGUUUCACCUGGAACAUUACUGUACUUAAGGGACAGAGCGAUCUGUUACGUGGGGCUAAGAUGGAUUCUCUGGAUGCCCUGAGGCAGCUGGCUCUGGCCUGUGAAGCCUGUGGACUCACCUCCUCCUCUUCUUCCUCCAAUUCCUCAUCCUCCAAUUUCUCCACAGCUGAGCUGCACUACUCCUCCCACCCCCUGUCCGGCCGCCGAAGCAGCACACACGGCAACGGACGCAUCUGAGACCCACCUGCCCACCCCCCCCAUCCCCCGGGUCCAACACACUGCCAAAGAUGAAAAGGAAUUGAAAAUAGUAAUUACAGAGGAUAGCAGACAGAAAAAGAAAAGAAAAGAAAAACCUGGA